AACGUGGACUUCAUGUUGUACCACACAUUUUGUUCUUGUGUCCUUAUUUUUGUUCCAAUAUUUCGAUAGCUGGACGGAAUAUUCGUUAUUUAAAAUGUCAGAUGUCACCUACUUAACGUUACCUACAUGGAUUGGUGGUUCUUUGAAUAUUAGGUUUAUUUACCUGGUGAAUAGUACAUCAUUUAGGUUAACUGAGUGUCCCUACAAGGGUCCAGCCAUUCCUCUGUACUUGGGAGCUGAUCUGUUUUCCAACACUGGCAUCCGCACAGAGAACCAUCCCAGGCAUCAUGCCAAGUUUGCCAAGAAAGGAUUAGCCACUAAACUACAUUUUUCCUCUGUUUAUAGGUUUCAUGGCUUGAAGGUUCCCACCUCCAACAACAGCCUCUGGUUCUACAGUGUUCAGGGACUUUUCCGAAUAGCCUUUGAGUUUUACAGCAAGCAAGACCAGCUUUCUUUGCUUGAGAAUUUUCAGGAUAUAUGGAAAUCACACAUAAACGAUGAUCCUCUACAAAAGGGCUACACCUUCAGUCAGCAGUUAGACCUUACAGUAAUUGGUAAGGAACCAGGAACCAAACAAUCUAGAAUUAAUGAACCUGGAAGUGACAUUCUCAAGCCUCUUGAAGCAGUGCAUACCUCAAUGGAGGCUGGUGACAACUCAGAAGACCACAAUUAUUGUUCUCAUCCAUACCAAUGCCCAGAGACUCACCCAAAUCUGGACUUAUUUUUCCCAUCUCAAAAACAAAUCCACAGGUUGGGCGACAAACUUCCCCAGAUCCAACCAGGGCAGCUUAAGACUGUUGGACUGCUUUUAGAUUUGAUUGACAGCUAUAUUACAGAUAAUUUAAAUGAACACAACGUAACAGAAGCAGUAAUGGUGCUCCUCCAGGCAAAACAAUGGGACGAAGUGUAUUCUAGUUGUUUGCUGAGCUGUAUUGGGCGUUGGCUCGGGCAGCAGUUUCACAAAGCCAACAGUAGCAUCAGCCAAAAAGUGGAGGGGUUCAAAUUGCAUCACAUCGAUCGCAUCAAUGACUUGCCUCCUGCUGAGGAACUGACCCAGGAGCUGUUCCCAGAAGCCAUGAGAAGUCUGCUGCUUCACUGGAUGGGUUUAAGUGAAGAGGCCAGUGUAGACAAGAGACACAGUGAAUGUCCCAUAUUACUUCUCAUACUAGAAUUUGCAAAUCACAAUCUCAUCACUGGUGUAGCCCAUGUGUUGUAUUCUAGUCUGAUAUAUAAAUAGUAAUAAACAUUCUAGAUAAUAAACAUUUCCGUGAAGCUAAGCAGGUGGUGAACCCUUCACCUUUCUUUUGUCUUCAUUUUAAACAAUAAACUAGACUUGUCAGAGAUGCUGUACUUUAGGGAGCACAACUACCCUGAAAAAAAAAUUGCAUUUGUUUUCAGUGUCAAUAUUGUAAGGCAUUUUCUAGCAAUGCAGCACUACAUCAAAUGCAGACCAGACUGGGGGCUUACAAGGACAUGUAGACAAUAGGAUAACACCUAUGUUCUGGUCUUUUGGUUAAAGCUAAUUGUUAACUGUACCCCCUCUCACUAAGGAAUGUGUGACCCCCACUUUGAGAGGGUUAUUAAACAGUCACCUUAUACGACUUUGCCUAAAGUUUCUUAAUGUGUAAUGCCAUGCAAACAAGACCCACCUCACAAACAUACAUUGAAAGACACUAUAAAAGUUGUCAACAUGCACAUCUCAGGACUCUCUUCGUAUCCUUUCCUGAGAGUCUAUUGCUUCAUUGUUCACUUUACCUGUGUGGAACUCAUUAAACCCUUCUGACUUUA